UUUUUGACUGGCGCAAGAACGUCUUUGCGUUGGUCGGUAGCCGAGACGGCAUCGAACUUUAGAAUGACCAGAAACUAAGUCCGAAUCAGGAGCCUAGGCGGUACAGCAGGAUGUCUAUAGAAGCUGAGGCGUUGCUGCAGGAGGCGAAGGAGAGUAUAGAAGCAGCUCAGAAUUACAGGAGCGAACUACAACAACGCCUACAUGGACUCAGCCAAGCACGUAAACAGGUACGAGGCAGCUCGUCUCAGGCCAGAGAGGGGGUUGAAGCGUCAUUUCUCAGAGCUCCAGACGGCUGUGUCCCGCCUCCUGACGGAGCGUCUGAGCGUGCUCCUUAGCGAAGUGGAUGUCAUCGAGCAGGACAGCGUUCGACCGCUGGACGACUGCCAGAAACUCAUAGAACACGGAGUCAACACUGCAGACGAGCUGCUCCGAGAGGGUGAGGUAUAGGUAGACGGAGGGACGCAUGGUUCAAAUCCCCGAGCCCUUGAGCA